AAACAACCGUGCCUUGUACUGUAUCUUCCUGCUUUGCUCUCUUUCAAAGCAGACUCGAACCUGGAUAACUUGCGGACUCAAGCCGUAAGGCCCUUUGUUCCUUUCCCAUUGCCAUCUCAACAUUUCCAGGGUGACAAAUUCCCGUAUUGAAGUCUUCAUCAAACACCCGAGCUUCAGUUCACAGCUGAAACCGAGCGCUCUAUUUGAGCACCACUACGCACAAGAUACAGCAAAGAGCUUCAGCCAAGGCGGCUUCUCUUCCAUCAUGUCCACCGCGGGAGCAACACAGAGCGCCGAAGCUCAAAUGAGGAGACGCUGCGGAGGUUAUCUUCCUAUCGAAAGCUAUGGCCUGAUUGGCAACAUGAGGACAUGCGCCCUCGUGGGCAUGGAUGGCAGUGUGGACUUUAUGUGCUGGCCUGAAUUUGAUUCACCUUCCGUCUUCUGCCGUUUGCUGGAUAAGGACAAAGGAGGCUACUUCAUCAUACAUCCUUCUGCCCAUCUCGGAUGCACAACCAAGCAGCAAUACCUGCCUUCUUCGAACAUUCUUCAAACCAGGUACAUCCAUGAGGAUGGUGUCGUUGAUCUUGUCGAUUUCUUCCCCAGGCCCAUGAAAACCCAGACUGUCAUCAAAGGACUGAAGGCGAGUGCCUACCGUGAGAUGACAAGCGUCCAGGAGGAGUUGAAGCAAUGGCUGGUCCGCCGUGUCGAAUGUAUCCGUGGAAAGUUCUCUUUGGACGUCGAAAUCUUCCCUGCGUUCGAGUAUGCCACAGAGCCGCAUACCACCACAAUUCUACAGGAAGAAAACAUACCCUUUGCUACCGAGAGCAAGACUGUGACGUUUCACAGCAAGAACGUCAAGCUCCAGCUUGAUGUCAGCAUUGAUAGAGGAGAGGAAGAGUACCAUAGCUAUCCAACCGUCCGCUUCAGGAAGGUAAAGAAACCCGGCAUGCUUGGUGAAGGUGUUGUUGCCAGCAUCGACCUGUUGGAAGGCCAAGCCGUCUCAUUCAUUAUUCGCAACGACAUCCCCAAUCACGUCACGGAGCAAAUCACAAACAUGGUUCUGGACACUCAGCAGCACGGUACUCAGACCUACUGGUACAACUGGAUCUCAAAGUGCAAGUACAAGGGCCGUUGGCGCGAGGUUGUUCAAAGGAGCUUCAUGAUUCUGAAGCUCAUGACAUACGAACCGACCGGAGCCAUCAUCGCUGCUCCAACAUUCUCCAUUCCUGAAGAUAUUGGCGGUGUCCGCAACUGGGACUACCGGUUUUCAUGGGUCCGCGACGCCUCCUUCACCAUCUACAUCCUCCUCCGGCUCGGCUUCACCGAGGAGGCCGAUGCGUACAUGAAGUUCAUCAGCGACCAGUUCUGUCGUUCGCGCUUCGCCAACGGCGGCUUACCCAUCAUGUUCACGAUCCGGGGCGAGACGGACAUUCCCGAGCGGGAGCUGACACAUCUGGACGGGUACCGGGGCAGCAAGCCGGUGCGGGUGGGCAACGGGGCGGCCUUCCACCAGCAGUUCGACAUCUACGGCGAGCUCAUGGAUGGCAUUUACCUGUAUAACAAGUACGGCAAGCCAAUCCACUGGGACCUGUGGUGCUCGAUCCGCGAGAUGCUCGACUACGUGCUCACCAUCCUCGACGACCCGGAUAUGUCCAUCUGGGAGGUGCGCAACAACAAACAGCACUUUACUUACUCUAAGAUCAUGCUGUGGGUCGCCUUUGACCGCGGCUUGCGUCUGGCUGAGAAAAGGAAUUUCCCGUGCCCCAACCGGGCCAAGUGGCUUGUGGCUAGGGAUUCAUUGUACGAGGAGAUCAUGGAGAAGUCGUACAACAAGGAGAUGAAGUGCUUCGUGCAAAGCUACGAGAAUCAGACGAUCCUGGACUCAUCCAUCCUCAUCGCGCCGCUCGUGUUCUUUAUCGCGCCCAACGACCCGCGAUUCUUGAACACCAUGGACCGUAUUAUGCUACCCCCUGAAAAGGGUGGGUUGACCAGCACCGGCCUGGUAUACCGUUAUGACACCGAGCAAUCAGAAGAUGGCGUUGGAGGCCGCGAAGGUGCCUUCUCCAUGUGCACCUUCUGGCUCGUCGAAGCCUUGACGCGCGCCAGCGUCUACGAGCCCAAGUACAUGGUGCGGGCCAUCAACCUGUUUGAGAACAUGCUCAGCUUCUCGAACCACCUGAUGAUGUUCUCCGAGGAGAUCUCGCGCAGCGGCGAGCAGCUGGGCAACACGCCGCAGGCUUUCAGCCACUUGGCGCUCAUCAGCGCCGCUUUUAACCUCGAUCGCGUAUGCGAGUUCAACCAUUAAAAGCAGAAAGGGGGGGGUUGUGUCUUGCGUGAUGAUGAUGACGAUGAUGAUGAUGGUGAUGGUGAUGAUAUGGAUGGUUUGUCUGUUCUGAAUCUGAAAGGAGCGAUAACGUGCUACUAGUGAGCAUUGGAUUUGACUGAUUCAAGGUACUCGCUGACUGUUUGGGGGGAGUGUCGAGAUCAUCUCGAUCUCUACUGGCUGAAGGUGGGUUUUACUGCUCUAGUUAGAUCAUACACAUUUGGCCUUGUUGUGAGUGAGGAUUCGGUGAUGCUUGCAAACUAAAUAAUAAAAAAAACCGGGAUUAAAUGCGUG